GAUGUCUCAACUGCUUAGGGAAGGGAUACUGGUGAUUCUUUUGAGUCUUCCUUAGGGUUAGCUUAUGGUUACAUCAUCUUUGUGAUCAUCUGCAUAGAAGAGAAACUCAAAUAAAUAUGGCGGGUCGUAGAGGAGACAGACUCCAUCAAGUCCGCGGAUGUAGAAUAGCGAUCGCCAUCCUCGUCGGAAUCCUCAUCGGCUGCAUCUGCACCGUCUUGUUCCCAGAUGGCUUCUUCAACUCGGGAUCAUCUUUUACAGUAAACGAGCAACGCCUUUCGCAAUCAACGACCUCUUCUAAGGUUGGACAGGCUUCAUGUGAGUCGUCUGAACGGGUCAAAAUGCUCAAAUCAGAUUUUGCAUUGAUCUCUGCAAAGAACGCCCAGUUGAGGAAGCAGGUCAGAGAGCUUACGGAAAAGGUACGGUUAGCUGAACAAGAUAGAGAGAAUGCAAGGAAACAAGUCUUAGUUUUGGGAACUGAGAUCAAGGCUGGAGCUUUUGGAACCGUCAAGAGUCUCAGAACUAACCCAACCGUGAUCCCUGACGAGUCUGUUAACCCAAGACUAGCAAAGCUAUUAGAGAAAGUAGCUGUUAAUAAAGAGAUCAUUGUGGUUCUUGCAAAUUCAAAUGUGAAACCAAUGUUGGAGUUGCAGAUCGCUAGUGUAAAGAGAGUGGGUAUACAGAACUACCUGGUUGUCGCGUUGGAUGAUUCCAUAGAAAAGUUCUGUCAAUCCAACCAAGUUGCGUAUUACACUAGAGAUCCAGAUAAAGCGGUGGACCUGGUUGGGAAAAGCGGAGGCAGUCACGCUGUCUCAGGGCUGAAGUUCCGCGUCUUGAGGGAGUUCUUGCAGCUUGGUUAUAGUGUUCUUCUCUCGGAUGUGGACAUUGUCUUUCUUCAGAACCCUUUUGGUCAUCUCUACAGAGACUCUGACGUAGAGUCCAUGAGCGAUGGCCAUGACAAUAGCACAGCUUAUGGGUUCGACAACGGGUUUGAUGAACCAUCCAUGGGAUGGGCUAGGUAUGCUCACACGAUGAGGAUAUGGGUUUUCAACUCCGGCUUCUUCUACCUUAGACCAACUCUUCCUUCAAUCGAGCUACUCGAUCGCGUGGCAGACACGCUCUCCAAGGAAGAUGCAUGGGACCAAGCGGUUUUUAAUGAGCAACUCUUUUACCCUUCGCAUCCCGGGUACACUGGCUUACACGCUUCAAAGAGAGUGAUGGAUAUGUACGAGUUCAUGAACAGUAAGGUCCUUUUCAAGACUGUGAGAAAGAAUCGUGAACUGAAGAAAUUGAAGCCGGUGAUUGUUCAUCUGAACUACCAUCCGGAUAAACUCGACCGAAUGCAAGCCGUGGUGGAGUUUUAUGUUAAUGGCAAACAAGACGCCCUUGAUAGCUUCCCAGAUGGUUCUGAACGAUAGAGAUAUGAAUGCUUGUUACGCAAGGUAUCAAAAAAGAGAGAGAGAGAGAGAGAGAGAGAGAGGAAGAAGACAAAGAGAGUGUAAGGUUUUGGACUUAUCUGUGUUUUAUCCACAACAAAAGAAGACGUUUAGACUCUUCUCUGUAAUAACGCAAACAUCCCUUUUGUUUGUGGUUUCAAAUCAAGUGAAACCCCACACUUACCCUGUCUUGUUUUUUUCUGAAGGAUUUGUUUCAGCCUUGUCUUUCCUCUGUAUUGUAUUCCUCUCAGAGCAGUUCUCUGUUUUUUGC